AUGAGCCAAGGUCGAUCAGCAAGGACCAAAAACUUCGAGGUGGCCAUAGUAGGCGGCGGUAUCGCCGGCCUAACAUUGGCCAUCGCGCUCUACCAUCGCAAAGUACCCAUCACGAUCUACGAACAGGCACCGCAGUUCGGUGAGAUCGGCGCUGGCGUGUCCUUCAGUCCCAAUGCCAUCCAGGCUAUGAAAGUAUGCCACGAGGGCGUCUACCAAGCAUUCGAGAACGUCUGCACCACAAACGAGUGGCCGUCAAAACGCAAAGUCUGGUUUGAUUUCCUUGACGGCUAUGGUGGCCCGAAGGACGAGAGCAAAACCCAGGAGUCUGCAUUCACUAUCCGCAGUGAACUCGGCCAGAAUGGCGUGCAUCGGGCACGAUUCCUGGACCAGAUCGUCAAGCUUGUCCCUCAGGACAUCUGUCGGUUUGGCAAGAGGCUUGUGGAUAUUACCGAGAGGCCUAGUAGUAAGAGACUGGUUAUGCAUUUUGAGGAUGGUACGACUGCUGAGGCGGAUGCUGUGAUCGGCUGCGAUGGUAUCAAAUCUCGUGUACGGCAGAUUAUUGUCGGUGCUGACCAUCUGUCCGCGCACCCGUCGUAUACUCACAAAUACGCGUAUCGAGGAUUAGCACCGAUGAAGGAUGCCAUUGCUGCAAUUGGAGAAGAACGGGCGAUGAACUCUUGCCUGCAUAUGGGCCCCAACGCUCACAUGCUGACAUUUCCGGUUGACCACGGAAAGACACUCAACAUGGUGGCAUUCAAGACGAAUUCGGAGCCAUGGCCCGAUGCUCAACGAUUGACAAGGCCUGCCAAACGCGAGCGUGCACUAGAAGACUAUGAAGGAUUCGGACCGAAUGUCAUCAAAUUGCUGAAUCUGACCAAGCCAGAUCUCGAUGUGUGGGCUAUCUUCGAUCUGGGGGAGAAUCCACCGCCGACCUACUCCAAAGGCCGCCUUUGCAUAGUUGGAGACGCUGCACACGCCACUUCUCCCCACCAUGGUGCUGGCGCCGGAUUGUGCAUCGAAGAUAGCGCAGUGAUGGCUGAGCUACUGGGAGAUGAGCGCGUCAGCGAGCCUGGGCAUCUUGAAGCAGUCUUUGCUACGUUCACUGCAGAGAGAAAAGAGAGAGGAGAAUUCUUGGUGCAAAGUAGUCGCUUCAUGGGAGACUGUUAUGAAUGGCGAGCUCCAGGGGUCGGCCGUGACUUUGCCAAGAUCGAAGCCGAAAUCAAUAAGAGGAAUGGAAUACUUAGCAAUGUUGAUGUUGGAAAGAUGUGUGAGCAUGCGCGGUCGGAAUUGGGAAAGAGAUUGGACCGGAAUCUGUCCCAUAUUUGA